AUUAGACGGCGGUAUCUCUGAGUUUGUCUGGUUUGGACAAGACCGAUUCGUUGCACAUCCCUAAUUGCAGUUGGCUGAUUGGCGGAUUGAUAGACAAUUUCGAGCGUUUAGUGCGAGGAUUUCUUGUCGGCAAUGCGUUUAUUUGGAGCUGGCAAAGGACGAUAUGUGGAUGCUGGUAGGCGGAUUUGUGGCUGGCACGUGUGAGUGAUGAGAAGAAGAAGGAUGAAGUGACGACUAACGAUUAACCGAACAAUUUAGUUUUGCAUUGAAUCGGGUGCUCGGUCAAACCAGGCUUUGUGGGUUUGACUGGGCACCGGUUUUUAGUGAAACCGCUGGUGCGGGUUGAUUGGAUUCCCAACCAGGCUGUACGUUUGUUUCGAUGCUACUGCAUGCAGGAGAUCGAUCCUCCACAACUAGCAGCGGCCUCAUCCAAUAAUCUCUGAAAUUAAAAUGGCUCCGCCUCUACGGUUCAAAAGAGAGCGCUGGGUUUCAUUUCAUCGUGUCGACACAAGAAGUUGCUUCUCUACUGUUAAUGGUGGAAAGUAGGAAGCAGCAAGCCGAGAAAUUAUGUUGGUGAUGAUGAUUGAACCAGCGACGGCCACCCGCUUCGCCGCCGGCGCUAAUUUCUGCUCGGCCGCCACCUUAUCCCAUUAUCGCGGAGCGGCCAACUUGGAGGAACAUAGCAGAGCAAGCGGCAUCACUCGCCGGCAGCUGCGCACGGCCAGCUUCGACCUACCGUGGAAGAAAUCUCAGCGAUCAAGAGCUGGUUCUGUACCAAAGAGUACGAUUCGAGCAUCUCAAGGACAAUUGGCAUCCGGCUCGGAUUCCUCUGAGCAGAAUGACAAAGUGCAGUAUCAUCCGUUUGAGGGGAUUGCCGAUUCGGCCUCCAAAGGUAGUGGAGAUGCUAGGCUUACAGCUGAAGAGACUUGCAGGACUAUUGUCGAGGUGAACAGCAGAGCUACUGUGAUGCUGACCAACUUGUUCAAUGAGGAAAUUCAUGAGAAUAUCGUGUGGUCAGACAUGCCAUAUGUGACUGAUGAAUAUGGAAAUGUCUAUUUUCAAGUGAAGAAUGAUGAAGACAUACUGAAGACGCUUACGUCGGAGAACAACUAUGUGCAAGCUAUUAUAGGCUUUGAUGCAGACGACAUGAUCAGUGAGAUGGAGCUGCUGAAUAAUUCUGACAUUGACUUUGAGGGAAUUGACGAUGAAGAUAGUGAUGGCGAAGAAGAUGAUGAUGAUGAUGACUAUGACGAGGAAAUAGUAGCUGUCCUCGAAGAUGAAGGCGAUGAGGAUAGUGAUGACGAUGGUGAUGAUGAAGACUGGGAAGACGGGGAUUCUUCUCAUCCAAUGUAUUUUGCCAAAAGGCUGACUCAGAUUGCUUCAGAUGAUCCUGUAGAUUGGAUGAAGCAACCACCAACUGGUCUGGCCAUACAAGGGCUUCUCAGACCUGCAUUUGACGAGGAACAUACCGACAUCCGGAGGCAUAUGUCUGACAAUAAACUCCGUCACGAAGAUCAAGCUGGGAAAGAGAAAGCAGAAAGCAAAACAGAUGAUCUUGGUGCAAUCAAUGGUCAGGAAACCAAGCCUGCAUCAUCUGAAGAUGUUUCAGUCCGUGCAGAGAAAGAUGUGGCUGCCCCAGCGACUGGGACUUCAUUUUACAAGCUUGAACCGAUAAAGAUCCAGCUUAUUUCAGCUGAUGGACAUCAAACUUCAGUUGAACCAGAAGAUUUUAGGAAUGCCAAGCCUGAUGCCAUUGCUCACUCAGCAGCCAAGAUCAUAUCCCGUCUCAAAGACGGUGGUGAAGAGGUCACGGAAGCCCUGAUAUCACUGUGUUGGAGAUGUAAAGGCAUCCAAGUUGAGGAAGCAACCGUUACAGGCAUGGAUUCUCUGGGUUUUGAUUUGAGGGUUUGCUCUGGAACUCAAGUCCAGACAUUGCGAUUUGGAUUCAACUCACGGGCAACUUCGGAAUACAGCGCAGAGAGACAACUUAACGAUUUACUAUACCCGAGGACCAUCCAGAUGCCCCUGAAACAGAAAGAGCCUCAGCAAAAUGAACAUCAGUAGCGCUCUCUCCUCUCUCUCUCUCUCUCUCUCUCUCCAAUCUUCUCUAUCAAAAUAACUCUUUUGCGGCACAAUCAAUUAUUCAAAUGCUGGUAAUAUUUUUGGAAUCCCAUUCUUUUCUCCCUCCCUGGCUCGUUACCUUUUACAGCUUCAACACCUGCUAUACAGUGAUUUGGCGAGAAUAGAUUGCUGAAAUAUUU